AUGGCUCCGCUGCCACGUGUCAAGUGUUAUUUCGACGUGGUUUGCCCCAACUCGUGGAUCACAAUUCAGGUACAUUGAGAAUGCCGAAAAAUCAAAGUGUAUAGCCUAAAAAUCGUGUUUUUCCGGGUCUCGCGCAUGCGAUUCACGUGAAAAACGCAUGCGAAAAGCAUGUGAAAAACGGAUAUUUUAUGUUCUUUUCACGGCGAUUUGUUUUUUCCGAUUCCGAUUUUCGGGUGUUCUGUGAAGCGGGAAAUAAAUAACUUUCAAAAUGUUUUCAAUUUUUCCCCAAAUUUUAGGCCCUGACCUCGCACAAUUCGCUGUUCGAACGCGUCGAUUUCGAGCCGGUUUGCGAUUUUAAAAUCGGCAUUUUGCACAAUGCCGCCAUUUGGAAUCAACGCAGAAAAGUGCACAAUUCGCGGCUGUGGAAGUCGAAAAAAGGUUCAUUUUUAAUCAGGCAUCCGAAAGGCUUGGAGCGGGGAAAUACCAUUUGAGCAUGAAAUGCUUGAAUACCUGUUUUUCUAAUCCCAAAAACAGUUACAGAAGUGCCGCAGCCGGAACCGGACGUCGACGACGGAAUUCUCAAAAAAAUUGACGAACGUGGCAAGAAAUUGAUGGGAUGCGAACGAGUGGAGGCGCCCGUCGAUUGGAGAAAUGUACGUGCGCGGGCAAUUCAAAGCCUAGAAAAUCCCGGAAAAUUUGCAGACGUACAAACUGGCAGUGUCGCGUGGUUCGGUAAUUCCGCAGCUAUUCCUAACUUCGAUCCGAGAACGCUAUCCGGACCUCUACGAGCCCGCAAUUCAUCAUUUGGGUGAGAUUUUCCAUCGACGAAUUGGGAGAAUUGCCGCUUUUUCUCACUUUUAACGAAAUUCCACCAAUUUCCCCUAUUUUCAGGCAAACGACUGUGGGAACAGCGUCUUCCGGUCCACUACGGUUGCCACAUGUCUAGCGUAUCCCGCGAGCUCGGAAUUCCGUUCAGCACCGCCGAAGACAUUGUCGCCCGUCUUUCGUCGCCCGAAAAUCGAUCGAUUCUGCACAAAAAUUGCAAAGAAGCCGUCGAUUUUAAGGUUUUCGUUUCUGAACGUUUUCUGAAGUUUAACAUGCCAAUUUUCAGCUGACCGAAGCGCCCGGCCUGAUUCUGACGUCAGAAGACGGAGAAACUGUGAAGAUCGAGUCGAUUAACGAGAUUUUCGACGAAAGUCAAUCGAUAUUAUCAAGAUUUUCUGGAAAUCCGUCUGUCCGAAUUGAAAUGUCUGCGAAUAGACUCUAA